UUGUAUUUCAAGCCCACGACUGGAGUUUUAUAUAAAGAAGAUAACUAUGUCAUCAUGACAACUACACAUAAAGAAAAAUAUAAAUGUAUACUUCCCCUUGUGACAAGUGGGGAUGAGGAAGAAGAAAAAGAUUAUAAGGGUCCUAGUCCAAGAGAGCUUUUGGAACCGCUGUUUAAACAAAGCAGUUGUUCGUACAGGAUUGAGUCUUACUGGACUUACGAAGUAUGUCAUGGAAAGCAUAUCCGGCAGUACCAUGAAGAGAAAGAAACUGGUCAGAAAAUAAAUAUUCAUGAGUACUACCUUGGGAAUAUGUUGGCUAAGAACCUUCUAUCUGAAAAAGAACAAGAAACAGAAGAAGAAGGAAAAUCAAGCGAGAUUCCCACUAAAAACAUUGAAGGUCAGAUGACGCCCUACUAUCCUGUAGGAAUGGGAAAUGGUACGCCUUGUAGUUUGAAGCAGAACCGGCCCCGAUCAAGCACUGUGAUGUACAUAUGUCAUCCUGAAUCUAAGCACGAAAUUCUUUCGGUGGCUGAAGUUACAACUUGUGAAUAUGAAGUUGUCAUUUUGACACCACUCUUGUGCAAUCAUCCUAAAUAUAGGUUCAGAGCAUCUCCUGUAAAUGACAUAUUUUGCCAGUCACUGCCAGGAUCUCCAUUUAAACCCCUUACUCUGAGACAGUUGGAGCAGCAAGAAGAAAUACUAAGGGUGCCGUUUAGAAGAAGUAAAGAGGACUUCGUGCUUGCGAGACAGGAAGAUCUGCAGUCAACUAAAGAAGAAAGGCUUCCAGCGGUCCACAAGCCCGUUGCUGUUGGCGCCCAGCCAGUGCUCACUGUUGGGACAACCCACAUUUCAAAAUUAACAGAUGACCAGCUUAUAAAAGAGUUCCUUAGUGGUUCUUACUGCUUCCAUGGGGGUGUUGGCUGGUGGAAGUAUGAAUUCUGCUAUGGCAGACACGUACAUCAGUACCACGAGGACAAGGACAGCGGGAAAACCUCCGUGGUCGUGGGGACGUGGAGCCAAGAAGAGCACAUUGAGUGGGCCAAGAAGAACACCGCCAGAGCCUAUCACCUUCAGGACGACGGGACCCAGACGGUCAGGAUGGUCUCACACUUUUAUGGGAAUGGAGAUGUUUGUGAUAUAACUGACAAACCACGACAGGUGACCGUAAAACUGAAGUGUAAAGAGUCGGACUCUGCACACGCUGUCACUGUGUACAUGCUGGAGCCACGUGCCUGCCAGUAUAUUCUCGGGGUUGAAUCACCAGUGAUCUGUAAAAUCUUAGAUACAGCAGAUGAAAAUGGACUUCUCUCCCUUCCCAACUGAGGGGCCUGAAAGCGGAAGGACCACGAUGAUUUCUUUCUGACCACGGGUUUCUCAGCGUUCACAGCCGUGGCCCUCAUCAGGAGGACUGUGUAAGGAGAUUCCAACCACUCUGAAUGUUCACAUGCUUCUGAGAGGUUACCGAUAAACUUCUAAGACAGACCAACCUGUUUCUCACUCUGUGUGUGUGUGUG